CAAGCCUCGCGAGAGCCGGAGGCCCCGCCGCCCCGGGUGACGCCCUCGGCUCGGCCGUCACGGAGCCCGGUGAGGGGCAGGAGGGAGGAUGGCGGCGGCAGGGUGGCGGCUGCUGGCGGCGGCGGCGGCUUACUCGGGGCGGGCGGGCCGGUGCGGCCUGCACCGCAGCCCGGCCGCGUCGCUUGUGCCCUCCCGGAGCGCCACCGUCACCCGCAGCGGCGCCAUUUUGCCCAAGCCGGUUAAGACGCCCUUCGGCCUCCUCAGAGUGUUCAGUGUUGUGAUCCCUUUCCUCUACGUUGGGACUCAGAUCAGUAAGAACUUUGCAGCCUUACUUGAAGAACAUGAUAUCUUUGUCCCAGAGGAUGACGACGAUGAUGAUUAAAGGAACUGUAAUGGAAGAACAGAAGGGAGAAAACCAUCGACAAAGCAAUGGUUCCAACAUCUGUCACCUGUGUUUCAUCCUUCCUGAACAGGACAGGGGGCUCUGCAUCCCCUUUGCCACUGAGCGUCCUGCACAUGUCUGUAUGACAGAAACCUGUCCAUCAGGGUUGAAGGAAGUGCUUGAUAGGCCCUGCAUCCUUGCACACACACACUCACCUCAUCAAAGACUGCUUGGGAUUCCUUUCAUUAGCAAUAUGGGAAACAAUUAAAGAUUAAGAGAUUGAGAUUAA